CUUGAAUAGCUCUCUUCUGCCGUACGUGUGUAGACCUAGCUGUGUUUCACAAAGGAAAUUCAUCGUCGGAAAUUCGCCAUGGAGUUCUUUUCUGUUCUACACAUCAUGGUUCUGGUUUCAAUGACUUUAAUUUGGAUUACUGCGAAAGCUCAAGUUAAAUAUUUUAACGUUAUGGAUUAUGGAGCAAAAGGCGACUUUGUCACAGAUGAUUCCGUGGCAUUUUUGAAGGCGUGGAAUGAUACAUGCAAUGCAGAGACAGGAGAACCAACUAUGCUUAUUCCAAGAAAGCAAUUUUUCUUGAGACCCACAACCUUUAGCGGUCCUUGCAAGUCUCACGUUUAUGUUAGAUUAUUGGGAGGCUUAUUAGCACCUGAUGGUCCUAAGGAAUGGAAGGAGUUCAACGAUGUUGUGAAUUUAUAGAAUUUGAGUCUGUGACUGGGCUCCACAUAACUGGUGUUGGCCUAAUAAAUGGUCGUGGAAAGGGUUGGUGGGAUAUCUCAUGCAGAUAUCAUCCUAAACUUUUGGAUUGUGGCAAGGGUGCACCUACGACACUCAGAUUUCAUAAAAGCAAUGAUAUCCACAUGAGCCAAAUUAAAAUAGUAAAUAGCCCCCAAACCCAUAUUCUUCUAUUGGGAUGCAAUGGUGUUGAAUUACAAGACCUAAGCAUAAUAUCUUCAGGUGUGAGCCCAAAUACAGAUGGAAUUCAUAUUCAGCAAUCAAAUCAUAUAUUCAUCAACAACUCAUUUAUUGGCGUUGGUGAUGAUUGUGUCUCUAUUGGAGAUGGAAUUACAGAUAUAAAUAUCACUUAUGUGAAUUGUGGGCCGGGUCAGGGGAUAAGCAUUGGAAGUUUAGGACUUGAUGGAACUGUGUCAAACGUAUCAAACAUUCGUGCGAGGCAUAUUCUCUUCAAUGGGACGCAAAACGGAGCACGAAUCAAGACAUACCAGACUGGGAGAGGACAGGUUCAGAACAUUGAGUUCACAGAUGUAACAUUCAUAGAUGCUGGAAAUCCAAUAAUUAUUGACCAACACUAUUGUGGCGCCCCAAAUGCAUGCCCACCAACGAAAGUCGGAGUUAAGAUAAGCAAUGUGCUCUACUCUGAAAUGCAUGGGACAUCCACGUCCGACGUAGCACUCAAUUUUAAUUGUAGUGAAAAUGUUGUUGCACCGACAUCAAGUUGA